AUGUUCUUGCUGUUCUCUUUGAAAGUGGUACGUCUUUCUUUGUUAAUUUCAUUUCAGGUGAAAGUAGAGGACAUUGAAACAGCCCUUGAUGGUGAAGUCACUAAAAUUGAGGAGUCAUCUUUUGAUGCAAAGAGUUGUACCAUCACUGUCGAAUCAAUCUCCACGGUAGAUGAAAAACUUGUACUGAAAAGCUUGUAUAAGAAGAUUGCAGAAAAUCAGAAAGUAGAAGAGGCAAUGAAGACUACCGCUGCCAAAUUAUCUACAGUUCAAGGGGAGUUGGAGCGUUCAAAAUCACAAGCGCAAGAAGCGAAGCAGAGGCUAGCAUCAAAGGAAGCUCGCAUCAAUGAAUUGACCGAAGAAUUGGGAAUAUCAACUGCUCGGUAUUUUGACCUUGAGCUAGAAUUCAAAAAUGCCAUGGAGAAAUGUGCUGAGCAUGAGGGACGGGCCAAUACAACCCAUCAGCAUAGCGUCGAACUUGAGGAUCUAAUGCAGAUAUCACAUGUUAAGGCAGUUGAGGCUGGUAAAAAAGUGAGCGAAUUACAGUUACUUGUUGAAACAGAAAAAUAUAGGAUCAAGGAACUUGAAGAGCAAUGUGGGACUGCAGAAGCAGAAUCCUUGAAAAACACACUGAAGGUUUCUGAACUUGAAGGACAACUUGAGGAUGUUCGAGUGAAAACUUCAAGCCUAGAGUCAGCCGAGGAGCAGUUACAGGAACAGGGAAAAGUGUUGGAGAUAGCUACUGUGAGAAGCAUAAAGCUCGAAUCAUUACACAGAACUAUAACAUGGGACUCAGAGCAGAAACUCCAAGAAGCAUUAGCUAAUUUAACCAGAAGAGCUUCUGAGGCAAAAUCUUUGAAAGAGAUAUUAACGAGUCUUGAAGAUCAAGUUAAAAGUUAUCAAGAGAAGCUAGCUGAAGCAAAUGAAAGAUAUGCAGCUGUGAAGGAAGAGCUUGAUCAGAUUGUAGUGAAGCUAGCUUCUUCUGAGAAUGCCAAUAAAGAAUUGAAACAAAAGAUUUUGGAUGCAGAAGAAAAGAUCUCUAGUUGCUCCGGAGCCUCCGAGGCUCUGAGAUGCCCUUGGGCAGAAGUGAUUCGACAUGGAACCUCGGAUAAGGCGAAGUGUCGCCUCGACUAA